GUCUUGUGUGAGAUGGUUGCUUAUAGGAAAGGGAUGGGUUUUGUCAAUCUAGGAAAUCAUUUCCAAGUGUUUCUGCCUUGAGACCCAAGCAGCAGAAACAUAGGGUUGUCAGAGAAAAUGUGGGUCCAGGAAAGGAUUUCAGUGCAAUAACAUGGUAGCUGAUGCACUCAAGUUGGUCUCUGAUCAGGGGGCCCUUAACCAAGGUCUCAUCCAGCAAGGUGAAGAGCACAUACUGUUCCUGUGGUUUUGGCUUGGUGCGAACUGGCUUAUCCAGAUUUUAAAUGACUUGAUAUUCACCACCAUCCAGACUAAACCUGUAAGCACAGAACUACCAUUUAUUGAAUGUGGAGAUCCAGAUAAAUACCAGAGGAUGAAGCAGAUUCCAUCCCCAAGGAUUUUGGCAACGCAUCUGAAUUAUGAUUGCCUCCCCAAGUCUAUUUUCAAGAACAAAGCCAAGAUACUAGUGCUGUUUCGAAACCCUAAAGAUACAGCUGUUUCAUUUUUCCAUUUCCACAACAAUGUGCCAAGCGUCCCCAGUUACAGCUCUUGGGAUGAGUUCUUCUCCGAGUUCAUGAAUGGAAAAGUUGGCUGGGGAUCUUAUUUUGACCAUGCAGUCACCUGGAACAAACACAUUGAGGAUGAGAAUACCAUGAUCAUAACAUAUGAAGACCUGAAAGAGAACCUGACUUCUGGUGUAAAGCAGAUAGCUGAAUUCUUUGGAUUCUCCCCAGCGGCAGAGCAGAUCCAGUCUAUUGUGGACAGGGCCACUUUCCAGGCAAUGAAGGACAAGGCUCAAGAAACUCAUGGUGCUGUUGGCUCAGUUCUUUUCCGCAAAGGUGUUGUUGGAGACUGGAAAAAUCUUUUCACUGAAGCUCAGAACAAGGAAAUGGAUGCCAAAUUCAAAGUGUGCUUAGAAGGAACCAAGCUGGGAGCAAAGUUAAAAUAUGAUGUGUACUGCAAGGCCUGAGAAUCUAUAGAAUAAUCUUGUGUCCAGACAGCUUUUCAUUCACUUUUAUGAAAUCAAAGAGAAAUCAGAACAAUACUUGAUUUGAAACUUUUGUGUAUCUGUGCAAUUGCAAGCCUGUUCGUGCUGUCUUGCACAAGCAACCCUCACUCAUACAGUUAGUAUAUUGACUGUACCAGCUUCUCUUAAAUGACCUGUGGUUCUUUGGCUUCACUUGUUUUUUAAAACUGAUUUUUGUCAUGAUUUCAUGUUACUUAGUAGAAUCCCGCGUGAAAUAUAUAUGUAGUAUUUGAACAUGCUGAAAUCACUGGGAAUAUAUUCAGUAUGUCAGAAGUGAUUUUCCAAGAGAUUUUUUAAAAUAAUAGUGAUGUUUCUUGAUUUUUAGAUUUGGAAGUUCAUAAUAUUUCAAUUUAAAGUGAAAUUUCAAAAAGUUUUGUUGGGUUUUGCCACUUUCUGUGUGUAAAUAAAUGUGAGAAAAAAAAUAAAGGAACUCAGGUAGAAACUGACUCCCCCUUUCACCACAAAUAUUUAUCUUUCUUUUGGUAGUGUGAGAUCUCAUCCUGAGCAAUUGAAGGAAUAGGGAACUUGGACAUGGAGGUUGGAGUCCACCUUCUGGUGGUGGCUUGUUUUGCUGCUCACCCAGGGGAGAAAUUGGGAACAUGUUGAGAAUAUCUGGUUUUGUACAUGUGAUUGUCAGGAGGACUCUGGAGCACUCCAGAGAAAUCAUUUUGGAUGUUAAGGAGGUGAAUGAAAAAGUUCCUGUCUGGUAGGAAUGUGAGUAAGUGACUUCUUCACA